AUGAGCAAGCGAGCACUUCCAACAUCUCCGACAAACACUCACGGACGUCACGAAUACACCAAACGUCUUCGUAGCAAUAGUGUCUCGUCGUCUCCGGUCGAACCUAGGCUUGCCGUUGGUAACGUCAGAUCGCCAGCUAUCGUCGAAGAACACGAUGAAGUGGACGAUGCUGAAGCGGACAACGAUGAUCCGCCCUUGGAACAGUCGGACAAUGUUCUAGAGUAUGAACGCAGCUCGUGUGACUCUCGAAACAGUGUUACCAGCGGUGGUGAGCCCGGUCUGAACCAGACCAACCAAGAAAAUGCUUUGGUCGCACGGUCAUCGCUCCCUGUCCCAGGACAGGUCAUGCAAAAUUUACCUUUCGAUUGGCCUUCGAAGUCGCAUGGUGUCAUAGAUGGCAUCUGUGAUUUCAAGGCCUUGAAAAGGUUCAUGACAUCCGAGCAUAUCACUGAAGAUCACAAGGCAAUGUGGGUUUCGUUGGCACAAACGAUAGUACAUGAGCCCGAUCAAGCCUGCGUUCUCAAUUUUCUUCAAGACUUACUUCAAGGCACCUCUGUGCUUGUCGACAACGCCGAAAAAGCUUCUGGAAAGUCUGGAGACCCCUUGGUUACUCAGGAGACUUGGGAUGUCACCAAAUACCUUCAGAAAGCUGUAACCACGAGAAUCACGAGAAGGAGCUUGUCGGCUGCACAUUUCGUGGAACUUGCGCUAUGGUAUGGUGGUCUCGAAGCUGGCCGACAGGCUGCCAAAGCGAUUCGUGUGUUUGGACUCUGGAGCCCUCACGGGGAUGGGACACUGUAUGGGCCACCAUUCAUGGCUAUUCCAUUGACCCACACCCAAAUUUUAAACAAGAUAUGGCCUUCAUCACCACUCGACGAAAAAGUCAUGCUUGAUUGGGCCAAUGAGACCAGAGGCCCUAUUCCACCCUUUACAGAGUUCAAAGAUGCUCACCAGUAUCUUUUACGUGAAUGUAUUGGGUCCGAUCUCAGUUACUUUCCGUCGUCGGCUCGAAAUGCUUAUACGAAGCGGAAAAUUCCCGAUCGCAUUAUCUCGCAAGCAAGAUUUGACAGUACUCUGGCACCCCUACUGGUUGAACACUUCGAUGCUGGAGUGGACCUUCAACUAGCUUACCAGGCGGUUGUCAAAAGUCAAGGCAAAAGCGUCGAUCAUGUUGAGUGCGAGUAUGUCAACCCUGUCCGACUAGCCACGAAUCAGAAGGGCUUGGAGCCAAAUGGCGUUAGUAACAAGGGGAAAUGCUUCGAUGAGGAUGACCACCAAGACGACGAAGAGUUUUUCGGGCGGCCUCAAACACCCCUCUUGAGACUUGGAUUUCCAUCUGGCGAUAAUCUUAACACUCCAGAAAUCAAGCGAGAGCCCAGAGACGACAGUGUUGUGUCUACCAUUGCGAGUGCUGUUCGAUCAUUCGAAGAUCCGGUGGAUCCAAGCACAAACAAAGAGCCAGCAUCUACCAACGCAAGGACAAACUCACCCAUCUCCACUCGUGUCAGUUGUUCCGGGCGAAUAAAAGCUUCUCGCUCGAGUUCUACCAUCAACAAAGCCAGAGAUAAAGGGAAGAAGAGUCCUCGUACACUGGCGACAACCGAAGAUGACGAUGAAGAUCUCAACCGAAGGGGGUUAUCCAUUACCCAGCAGCCUCUCAUAAAAGCAGCCACACCUCACACCUCCACUCUCUCCACAACCAUCUCUCACCCCCUCCCUAUCAACUCACUAGACGCACAUACAAUCAAUCAGCUGUACGAAAGAUCUCGAAGUUUCUCGGAAAGCCAGAUCCUCACGCUCAUAGAGAAACGACGUACUCAGCUCAUCUGGUGCUGGACGCAAGUCCUGCAUUCCAGACAUGAGCCUGGAGCUCUUUCACCUGACUUUGUACCUUUCAGAGAUGUUCCACUUGAGCAAACGAACGGUCGAAUCCCCGGUGUUUUGAGAAAUGCACACAUCCAGCGAGACAAGGAUAUUGAGUCUGACAUGGUCAAGCUGCAGAGGCCACCUAGAUACCCGCUACGCAGCACGACUCAACAUUUGCAACGGUAUCCGAGUUCUCCAACUGGAAACUAA